AUGGAUCAACUCGUUGACGGAGCCAAUAAGGUGCUCCGGUAUAUUGAGAUCAAUAGCCAGGAAGACCCUGUGAUUACGGGCUACAUCCGUACGGUCAAGCAAUAUGCAAUUAAUGCCCGCCAGCGCCGGAAUGAUACUAAUGCCCAAGGGGGCAUGGCCAACGUGGUCGCCGCCCUUGAGAAGAUCGCGGCUGACACCGAGCGCUUGAACAAUCGCAUGGAGACUCUCGAAAAAGUAACGACCGCAACAACAUACACUUUGACCCUGUCCGCAGAACACUGCUGGUAG